AUGGAUUGGGAUAUCGAUAUGGACGACGUGGCCGAGGGCUUCGCGCCUCCGACUGCAUCAAUCGCCGACAACACGAAUACUGCACCCUCUGCCACCGAACCUGCCCACGCCGUCGGCCUCGAUAUGGAAAGCGCAACCUUGGUCGGGAACAAGGUCCACGUUCGCGGACUGGAUAAUCUGACAACGGACAACAUCAAGACAUACGUCAGCGAUCACCAUGGCCCUGUUGAAAGGAUCGAAUGGAUCGAUGACGACUGCGCAAAUCUCAUCUUUGGCUCCGACGCCAUAGCACAAGAAGCUUUGAAGGCCCUUAGCGCCAUGGAAAUCGCCGAUCCGACUCAGCUUCCAUUACUAGAGACGAUUCCAGCCAAGAACAUAGCAUCGCAUCCUGAGGCCAAUUUACAGAUCCGAUUCGCAGUACUCUCCGACAAGAAGGCGCCGGGCGCAGCCCAACGCAGUCGUUUUUACCUUUUCCACCCGGAGUUCGACCCUGAGGAACGAAGACGAAGGAGCGAUACAAGGAACAGAUACCGCGACCGCGAGGGUGAUGAUCGCCGCCGCGGAGGUCGACGACAUCAACGUGAUCGAAGUCCAAGCGUUGAGAAAUUCGACGCCGCAAUGUACGAUGACGACGAAGCGACACUGGCCGAUCGCGAGUCCAAAUCAACGCGCUCCCGGAGAAGAUCAAGGGAAGGUCCACGUGUGAGGUCGUACGCGCAACGCAACCAAGAAAAGGAGCUCUUUCCUGGUCGCGGCUCGGUGAGAGGGCAGCGUAAUCGCUCGGCAUCGCCCAUGAGAGACAAUGAUGGCGAUGCCUCAAUGGACACUGAAGUCAGUCGUGCGGACACGGUAAGCAACAGAGAAAGAGCGUCUGGCAUCCGGGGCAGACUGGCGCAAGACAACCAGUCGAAGGAGCUAUUCCCCGCCAAGGGACCUUCAAUCGGCAAAACCCACAUGGACCGAGUAAUGGAUGGCGCGGACGAGGCUACGCGGCUCAUGCAAAGCAACAUGUCUGUCGGCAACGGGAGGCGUGAGAAGGGCGAUCUCUUCAAUCGACAGCUCGGCUCCGGCACGGGCUUUGCCAUCAAAGGCGCGGCCAACUCCAACGUCAAAGAGUUGUUCCCCAGCCGAUUCGGCGGAAACACCGGAAAGGAGCUCUUCGCAGAUAGACCAGAGGGGCGUGGGAAGAGACGACAGAAGGCCGAGGAUUUGUUCUCUUAG